AGCGUGGAGGGGGCGCUAAUGGCUCAGGGUUUUUUUUUUUUUAUACUGUAAACACAUUGAAUCUCUUCGCCCUCCUGCCUUGCACGGUGCAGCGUGACCGGUGAAGAUAUCCGCUGACCACCGUUCACGCUGGGCGGAACUAGUGCAGCACCCUGUGCGGUUUUCGUUGUCGACGCCGGAGCUGAACUCCAGCAUGAAAACAUGGAGCCGCAUUGUUAGCGUCCCCAGCAGCAGUGCUAACGCCAGAGUAGGGAGGCUGCCAGAUUGAGACGUUUUCAAAUAGAGGAAUUGAAUAUCGUUAUCCAGGAACUUGUGUCACUGGGAGCUUAGCCGACAGCCUCGACUGUGUCACGGAUGUCGACAGGACGAAGAAUACGUCUUUGGUGACUGUAAACAUCCCCUCCCUGUCUCUUCUCUAGCUUGUCAUUUAGCAGCUGCAGCACCAGCUGAGGUGACUCAGUUGAGCUUGCCACCUUGAAAGUGCUUAAUUGUUCCUGAAUGGGGUGGAGUUAUACUUGUUAUUGCCUUGCGGGCUAGAAUUACAUUCGGGUAUCAGCUCCCAGCUUAAAGAAGACCGUGUCGGACAAAAUGGUUUUACGGAGCUGCUGGAAAUCUCGGCAUAAAAACUGGUGUGGACCUGCUCCUCGGUGGACCCGACCAGGACUGGCUGCCCUGGUCUUCUUAUGUGUGACCCAGUUAGCUUGCGGCAUUGAGGCUGCGGGGGAGACCAACACUGUGGUCCAGAAAUAUGCGGACUUUGAUGUCCUGUAUAAUGACACGGUUACAAGUGGAAACCAAACCAUCUAUGCGUUCAAUCACACGAUCUCCAGGAAUAAGACGGAGGGAGUGCGUGUGUCUGUGGAUGUGUUGUCGCAGAGUUUGGAGAGUCCCAUCCUGUUUGUAGUGCGACAGAAGCAGGCUGUGGUGUCCUUCCAAGUCCCUCUCAUCUUAAGAGGCCUGUACCAGAGGAAGUACCCUUACUAUCAUGUGGGCCGAACACUGUGCCAACCCCCGACACGGGCCGCCUCAGAGACCCAGUACUUCUUCGUUGACGUGUCUACCCUGUCCAGCCAGGGUACAAACUACCAGCUCAAAGUCAGCCGCGUUGAAAGCUUCACCUUGCAGACAGACAAGAAAUUCACCUUCACCGCUUCACCAUCGCAACCUCAGUAUUUCAAGUAUAUCUUCCCAGAAGGGAUGGAUACUGUGGUCGUCAAGGUCGAUUCAGACAUGAACUUCCCCUGCUCCGUGAUGUCCAUCCAGGACAUCCAGUGCCCAGUCUACGACCUCGACAACAAUGUGGCCUUCAUUGGGAUGUACCAGACCAUGACAAAAAAAGGCGCCAUCACUGUGCAGCGGAAAGAUUUUCCCAGCAACAGUUUCUACGUGGUGGUAGUGGUAAAAACGGAGGAUGAGGCAUGCGGCGGUCCGCUGCGCUUCUACCCUUUGACGCCCGAUGAGCUCAUUGAUGCCGGCAACCGUAGCAAGGUCAUUGAUGUGAUGGUCUCUCCUGCCAUCAACUCGGAGGUGUAUGUGAUGGGCAUGCUGUUCUGUCUGGGUAUCUUCCUCUCCUUCUACCUGCUGACCUUGCUGGUCGCCUGUGUGGAAAACAAGCAAAUAAAGAGGAGAGAGGUAUUUGAGAAUCCUGCGGACAUGUCGCCCGCUGAGACAGCCUCUCUGCUCGGGAAGAACGGAGAUGGCAAGAUUCCAGCCUCCCCAUAUGAAUAUGGCUCCUUUGCUGAUAACAGCAGCCCGCUGAGUUCAGAGGCCAUCACCGACAGCGCCACAUCCACUGACAACAACUACGGAUACUUGGGACAGGAGCCGUUCAAACGUCGCCCAAUCUACAAUCACCUUCACCACAUAGCCAUCCGCAUCGAGCGAUCGUUGGAGAGUGUCGGACGUAGCAGGCAGGAGUCUCUGAGCUCGGUGGAGGAGGACGACUACGACACGCUGGACGACAUCAACUCGGACAAAAACAUCGUCCGCACCAAGAAAUAUCUGUGUGUGUCUGAUCUGUCCCGCAAAGACAAGAGGAUCCUCAGCAAGAAAUACCAAAUCUACUUCUGGAACAUCGCCACCAUCGCUGUGUUCUACGCGCUGCCUGUCAUCCAGCUGGUCAUCACCUAUCAGACGGUCGUCAAUGUGACAGGAAACCAGGACAUCUGCUACUAUAACUUCCUGUGUGCGCACCCUCUUGGAGCUUUAAGUGCAUUCAACAACAUCCUCAGUAACCUGGGCUACGUGAUGCUGGGACUCCUCUUCCUCCUCAUCGUCCUCAAGAGAGAAAUCGUCCACAAACGAGCCAUGGAACGCAACGAUAUCAACGCGCUGGAGUGCGGCAUCCCGAAGCACUUUGGUCUGUUUUACGCCAUGGGAACAGCUCUGAUGAUGGAGGGCUUGCUCAGCGCCUGCUACCACGUCUGUCCCAACUACACCAACUUCCAGUUUGACACCUCCUUCAUGUACAUGAUUGCCGGGCUGUGCAUGUUGAAGCUCUAUCAGAAGAGACACCCGGACAUCAACGCGAGUGCUUACACGGCCUACGCCUGCCUGGCUGCCGUCAUCUUCUUUUCUGUGCUGGGAGUGGUGUUCGGAAAAGGAAACAUGGUGUUCUGGAUCGUUUUCUCGGUCAUCCACAUUCUGGCCACGCUCCUCCUCAGCACACAGCUCUACUACAUGGGCCGAUGGAGGUUCGACACCGGGAUCUUGCGCAGGAUGGUGUACAUCGUCUACACUGACUCCAUCAGGCAGUGCAGUGGACCUAUGUACAUCGACCGGAUGGUUCUUCUCGUGAUGGGAAACAUAGUCAACUGGUCUCUCGCUGCCUACGGCCUCAUAGAGAGACCUAACGACUUCGCCUCCUACCUGCUGGCCAUCGCCAUCUGCAACCUGCUGCUCUACUUUGCCUUUUACAUCAUCAUGAAGCUGAGGAGCGGGGAGAGAAUCAAGUGUCUGCCGUUGGUGUGUAUCCUCUUCACUGCUGUGGUCUGGGGCUUCGCGCUGUAUUUCUUCUUCCAGGGUCUCAGCACCUGGCAGAAAACUCCAGCAGAGUCCCGCGAGCACAACAGGGACUGCAUCCUGCUGUCAUUCUUUGACGACCACGACAUUUGGCAUUUCCUCUCCUCCAUCGCAAUGUUUGGGUCCUUCCUGGUCCUCCUGACCAUGGACGACGACCUGGACACCACCCAGAGAGACAAGAUCUACGUCUUCUAGAUUUGUCAGAUCCUCUGCGAGGAGCUCGGCUCUUCGUCUCUGCCUUAUCACCCCUCUCUCCGUUCGCGUCCCGUCCAUGUUUUGAAAAAGCACAGCCAGUAGCCUGUUUGUUUCUCUGCCUGUCGAGGAGUGCUUCUCUCCCUCCUACAGCCAGUCAGGGACGGGCGGCGGCCCCUCCCUCCUCCUGUACGGACACUGAUGUGCCAGUGAAGUGCUGGUAAAGUGUUUUGUCCUCUCGCUGCCAUCAUCGAUGUAACCGUUGUAAUCGAUGUUUACGUACUGCUGAAGAUGAAGAUAACCAUGUGUACACUUUAUAAAAAAAAAAAAAUGACGAAUUAACUUAUUUUAUAUUUCCUGCAUUACAUCUGGCGAGCGAGCCGACGGUGUGUGUUGCGAUUACUCUUUGUAUGGUGUGUGUGUGCGCGAUUGGACGGGUGUGUGCGCGUGUGUGUGUUUUUACAAAUGUGAGGACAUGAAUCAUGUUCAGUCUGUCGGUGGCCUUCAGUGUUCUUAUCAUGUUAGUCACAUACUGUGCUCUGAUUGAUCAGAUCCUCAAGCCAGCCAUCCUUCUCAUUGGAGAACCUUGAUGAUGAUUGUAUUUACUUCUUGACUGCCCUUGAGUAUGACUGCUAAUGUCUUUUGCACUGUACUGUAUGGGAAAACAGAUUUUAUUGUCAAUCCUUGCAAUGAGCGGUUACUGAAUAAAGGUCUCCUUUUCAGAAAUGUAAAA